UACAAGAGUCCAAGUCUCAGCUAUUUUUUCUGGCUGGAUCAUUGCUACUCAAGAAAGCUCAGAUGUUUUUGAUUCCUUGGGAGGAUGCUAAAAAGUUUUCUGGUGCCUGUUUCCUGGCAAGUCUAAGUUUUGACCCAAUUCUACCUGAGAGUACAUGGAUCAGGGAAAGAAAGUUAUACAAGUGGUGGGGCAUGCAAAGCUAUCACCGAUAUUCACAAGUUGGCCAUGUACUAUACAAGCUGGCAAAUGGAAAUAUUUUAGACUGGAGUAAAAGCAUCAAAAGGCAAAUAAUGACAGUGGAAGGCCACAAAAAUGUCUGUAGAGUUCUGUAUGGAAAUUACAAUGAAGCUCUUGUGGAGGUUUCAUUUUUUUGCAAGGCCAGAGAAAUGUUUGAAAGUUCCAGUCUCUCACAGCCAAUAACCCUAAGUUGUCUUCUGAAAGUUGAUACAGUGGCUUUUAAGCUGAACAUAAAAAAUCUUCAAUGCCUUGUAUGGCUUUGUCUUCAGUACUACACACCAGACAUGCAUGUGCAGCCCAACUAUCCAUUUUUUCUCAUUGAAAAUAUACCUUUUGGUAUAAACAUUGAAAAUGGUGUGAUGGACUCAUUGUGUCAAAUGGAUAUUUUGGUUUUCUUGAUGGCAACUGUUCAAUGCACAGCCAGUAGAAUCAAAUGUACAGACUAUCCAAAUGAAGAAACAAGAAUUGUGCACAGCUUUCUUUUUCCUGUUUGUCUUAAACAACAAUUGUGUACAGAUGACCAGGCUAAAUGGUGGUCAGCAGCUUAUCAAUUCUUCACUAACUCAUUCAAUUUUAAGCAGACUAGCCUAAGAUGUACUCUUGUUUUUGGCUUGGAGACUGUAAGACUUGUUGGUAUUCAUGGAAUGUCUUUGCAGCUUUUGGUCCAUAUUGCCAAAUCUCUGAAUGAAAAGCUGAAAGACUUACAAAAAUGCACCACAAUUCGUCAGAGCACUGCCAGUGAACUUAAACCACUUGAAAAUAGGGUUACAAGUUUUUGGAAUCAUGCCAGAUUUGUAAUUGAAAAAAUACAAAGAGAAAACAAGUAUGAGCUCCCACCAACCAGACUGUUUCAAGAGCCAAGAGACACAGAGUUCACCCUAGACAGCUUUAACCAUUUGAAAUCUGAAGUUAUUUUUGCUAUGUCUCUGAUUGCAAUGAAUAAAUCAGAAUACAGUAGAGCUGUUGAUGGUUUUAGGCAAAUAAACACUCCUGAAUCUAAGCUAAACAUGGCCAAGACUCUUAGAUUUUGGGCAGAGAAAGAAAUAACCAACAAGGAGAAUUAUGAAGAAGGACUGGUUAAAAGAGAAGAUAUGCUUCUAGAAGGAAGAAAUAUUCUUUAUAACUUAUUGGAUGAAAUUAAUAUUGACUCAAGUGACAAAGAUUUCAAGGAAGCUGUCAUUAGUGAACUGAAUGAAACUGAGCAAAUUAUUCAUGCUAAUCAGGAAGAUGACAAGUCAGAGUGUAGUUAUUAUAGCUGCUCUUCAACCUCCCAUCAGCCUGAGGCUAGAGGCAACAGAGUGCACAGUGCCAGACGAAAUCCAAAUUCUGUUUUUAAAACUCACUCUAAUAUUGGGCGAGAACAGAACAUGCAUGUCCAGCCUGGUGAUGAUGAGGACAGUCAAAGUGCUGUAAUUCUAAGGUCACAACGUUCACAAAGGCACUACCAGCACCAGGAUGCCCUAAGCAGAGAUUUAGCCAAUGGUGGUGAUACUGGGCUUAACCAUGACAUGGUGUUGAAGGUGUAUGACUCUCUCAUAGAAAACACCAAACAAAUGGCUGAGCAAGUGUGUGAAAGUUCAAGACUGCUACGUAUUGUUGUUGAGCAAAAUAUCGAAUCUUCAACAAUUUUCAGGGAGUUAUUGCAGGAGAACAAGUCAAUUCUUCAUGAGUUAAAGGCUGAAGUAUCUGAUUUGAAGUCCAAAUUUUCAUCGCCUCAACUUCCAUAUGCCUCAAGUCAAAAUCAAUCCCAAAUGUUUGAAUCACUUGAUGAAGUAGACAGCAAUCAACAAGGGGCUAACAUUAAUUUGGGACAACCUAGAGGCCUAAGUACAAAUGGACCACAUGUUGUAACCCUUGAUUACCCACAACCACUACAAAUUAACCCAUUAUGGCAGUAUCAUAAUACGAACCAAAUUCAGCAAGGAUAUUCUCAUCCCUACCCAAAUCCUUACACAAGUGCAACAAAUAUCCAUGGUCAGCCACCGUAUCUAACUAACCCAAACACUCCUUGCCAGAUAAGAACAGAAAACUCUAUAGGACAAGCAGAAAUGCUGACACCAGAAUAUGGAACAAAACUUGGUUUUGGCAUUAACUUAACUCCAAGUCAUGUGGCAACUAACCCUAACCCAACAGGACAAGCAUCAGGACCAAUACAAAAUAAAACACUGUUGAAUACCUCUACUUGUUUCCCAGCUGGAAAUCAAAGUCAAGUAACGUUAGGACAAGGAAUUUUUUCUACUCAACAUGCUGAAACAGCCUUUACAGAUCACAUAGCCACCCCAGCUGUAACUCAAAGUCUAGCAACAUCCUUCAAGGGACUAAUAUCACAACAAGAAAACUUUUCUAAUGGUGUCCUCCUUGUAACUCAGCCAUCAAAACAUGGACAAAGUGCAGUAUCUACUGGUGGAGCUACACUAAACAAUACAAAUUUGAGAUCUAUUGAUGGAGCUACACUAAACAAUACAAAUUUGAGAUCUACUGGUGGAGCUAUACCAAACAAUACAAAUUUGAGAUCUACUGAUGAAGCUACACUAAACAAUACAAAUUUAAGAUCUACUGAUGGAGCUAUACCAAACAAUACAAAUUUGAGAUCUACUGAUGGAGCUAUACCAAACAAUACAAAUUUGAGAUCUACUGAUGGAGCUAUACCAAACAAUACAAAUUUGAGAUCUACUGAUGGAGCUAUACCAAACAAUACAAAUUUGAGAUCUACUGAUGCAGCUAUACUAAACAAUACAAAUUUGAGUCCUACUGGUGGAGCUACACUAAACAAUACAAAUUUGAGUUCUACUGGUGGAGCUAUACUAAACAAUACAAAUUUGAACCCAACUGUUAAUCAAAGCCAGACAUCAAUUUUUUCUUUUGGUGCACAACCUGCUUCUGAUCAAAAACACAUCUCAACUCCACAGAUAGGCACAGCAAUGCCAACAAAUACAAGAAAAGAUGCAGUCCAGACUCAAGCAACAACCUUCAAAUUCAGUACAGAACCAGGAGGCUUUUCUGCUCCAUGUACUGAUAGAGUUGCACCCCCAGCCAAUACAAGUACCAGCACCACAGCAAAUCAGCCCAGUGCUUUUUAUUUUGGUUCAGGAAAUAUAUCAAAUUCACGACAAGUGGAUACAUCAACUACUAAAGUAACAUCUCUAACUCAAGCCCCGUGCUUUACUUUUGGUGCAGGAAUUACAUCUCGACAAACUGCGACAUCAACUAACGGGGCAAAAUUAGACAACGCAAUCUUUGGCACUAAUGUAACUCCAAGCAAAGCAACAUCCUCAAAUAUCAGUGCAGGGGCUACAUCAGGACAAGAACAAACAGCGACACAAAAUAAAAAUGAACCAUUGAAUAUGUCAAGUACCGGCACAGCUAAAACUCCGACAACAAACUUUAAUUUUGGGGUAGGAUUUAACACAGGACAAUCUCAACAUGCUGUGACACCUUCAAGUGUAAGCAACACAAUAACUCAAAGCCCGGCUUCAUCAGUUACACCUGGUGUAGUACCUGGUACAGCGCAGCACACCAACAUCAACAACACAAAUGUCAGCUCUGCUCUAACUCACCAGCAGUCUUCAAUUUUUCAAUUUGGUGCAGCCAAAGCUGCUGAUAAAGGGCUCAAUACAACAAAGCCAACUUCAACCAAUGUAGCAGAUGCAGCAAGUCAACAAAAACCUGGAGUGGAAACAUCAAAAAUUGGCACUAGCUCUACUGCUGCUACAACUCAAAGUAUGUCACCUCAAUCCAAUAGCCAAUCAACAUCGAGUAAUGCAGCAGCAAAGGCUAACAAAACUGUGCUUAAACCAGCUAGUUUUGACAUUAACGUUUCACCUCCUGCUCAAGGUCCAACUGGCGAUCUAAGAGACACAAAACCAGUACAUUUAGUAGCAGCAGCUACCGACACUGUACAGAGAGAGAAUUUAGUACCAGCCACUGCUAACAAUAUUCCUACUGUCGUGUCUCCAAAAAACAUUGCAACUCAAGAAAUAAACCAAAAACAAAACAACAGCCUUAGCACAGAGCAAAAGCAAAAAGCCAGUCCCGAUACAGAACAAAAGCAAAAACUCAGCCCUAGUUCAGAAAAAAUACAAAAAUCCAGCCCUAAUACUGAACAAAAGCAAAAAGUCAACCCUAGCUCAGAACAAAAGCAAAAAGCCAGCCCUAAUACAGAACAAAAUGUGCAAUCAUCUGCUGAAAGUACUGCAGAUGGAGCUGAAACUCCCCAAAUUGGUCCAUCACCUGUGAUGAACAAGGGGAUUAGUACUACCACAGACGCUAAGUUUCAAUCACCACAGGUGGACAGCCAGAACAUGAAAGUUACGGGUCAUCAAGGAAACAGUAAAAGAUCAGAUGGUAAUUCUCUAGAUGAGCGUAAGAAGCAAAUACCCAUUGAUGGGGUGAAAAAUGUGAGCCCAGUCAUACCAGUAAGCAGUUUAUCUUCUAAAAAACAGCAAGAAGAUGAUCACGCUACAGGAGUUAAGUUGAACACAGAAAGUGGUGAGUUAGAUGAAGGUGGUGAAACAUUUAAAGAGAGAGAGGCCAAAAACAGGAAGGAGUCUAUGCAAGUUGGCCAGAUAAUUUCAAACAAAGCUGCGCCAGAUUCUGUAAGACUUUUGUCUGUUCAUACAUCUGAUGAGGAUGAUAUGAGUGAUGAACACGAGAUAUCGUCUCAAGAAACUGGGCAAGGGUCACUACAGUUUGGUCAUAGGGUUUUGUUUCGGGCUAAGCCAGAUUCUGAAGUCUAUUUGAAACCUUAUAAAAACGAAACUCAUGCAGACUCUACAGAUACAGAUUCAGAUCAAACAGAUAGUGAUGAGCCUCAGCCAGAUACUGACAGUGUGAGUCAAGUAUCAGAAGAUAAAACUAUUACAGAGAUGACUGAUGAAAAUGACCGCAAGAUUGUAAAUCAAGAUGAUGAAUCAGGUACAUUAUCAAAUGAAGAUAGAAUUAUUGUUCACCCUGUUGUUACUGUUAAAUCUAUAAUUUCUAAUGAAAGUUUGACAACAAGAAAUACUCAAUCAACUUUACAACAUCAAAGUAGACACGAUGAACACAACGCUGAGGUUUAUGAUGAGGAACAAAAUGGACACCCAUCUUUUUAUCAUGAUACAAGAGUUAAACAUGUGCCAGGGCACAUUUCAGCUCAACACACAGACACAAUGACCUCAAUAAACAGAACCAGUAGUGAAUUGGAUGAUGAUAUCAGCAGUGAAACAUCCAGUACACAGUGGAGUGAAGAGGCUAGCCAAAAUUCAUUUUAUGUUGGCCAAAGACUUUCAAGCAUUGCAAUGCCAAAUUCAGAAAGUAAUUUGCUUUCUUGUGCAUCAGAGGAAGAUCAAAGUAGUGAUAAAAUGGAAAGAUCCUCUCAAGACAGUGGGGAGAAUGUACAACAUGUUGGUCAAAGACUUUUGUUUCAGGCGAAGUCAGAUUCUGAAGUUUAUUUAAAACAUAAUAACAACAUAAAUCAUCCAGACUCUACAGAUACAGAGACAGAUCAAACAGAUAGUGAUGAAACUCCGUCAGAAGAUACAGAUACAACUAUUGAAGGGAUGACUGAUGAAAAAGGCUGCAAUAUUGUAAACCCAGAUGAUGAAACAGACCAAGUAUCAAAUAAAGAUAGAAUUAUCAUUCAUCCUAUAAACUCUACAGUUUCUAAUGAAACUUUGACAACUAGGAAUACUCACUUAUCUUUACAAUAUCAAAGUAGACAAGCUGAAAACAACACUGAUGGUUAUGAUGAGGAACAAAAUGGACAUCCAGCAUCUCAUUAUGAUACACGACCGAAAUAUGUACCUGGACAUAUCUCAUCUCAAGACACAGACACAGUGACUCAUGUAAACAUAAGGAACAGUGGAAUGAAUGAGGAUCCCAAUACUGAAACAUCUAGCGAACACUGGAGUGAAGAAUCGAGUGACAAGUCAUUUUGUAUUGGCCAAAGACUUUCAAGCCAAGCGAUGCCAAACUCAGAAAAUAAUUUGCUUUCUUGUGCAUCAGAUGAAGAUAAAAAAGUAAUGGAGAGAUCAUCGCAAGAAACUGGGCAAGGGUCACUACAGUCUGGUCAAAGGUUUUUGUUUCAGGCUAAGCCAGAUUCUGAAGUUUAUUUAAAACCUUACAACGAAAACCAUGCAGACUCUACAGAUUCAGAUCAAACAGAUAGUGAUGAGCCUCAGCCAGAUACUGACAGUAAAGACAAUAUGAGUCAAGUAUCAGAAGAUACAACUAUUACAGAGAUGACUGAUGAAAAUGACCGCAAUAUUGUAAAUCAAGAUGAUGAAUCAGAUAAAUUACCAAAUAAAGAUAGAGUUAUUGUUCACCCUGUUAACUCUACAGUUUCUAAUGAAGUUUUGACAACAAGAAAUACUCAAUCAACUUUACAACAUCAAAGUAGACAAGAUGAACACAGCGCUGAUGGUUAUGAUAGCGAACAAGACAGAUGCCCGCCCAUUUGUCAUGACACUAAACCUAAAUUAGAACCAAAACGCAUUUUUUUGCAACAAUCUGACUCAACUCCACUAACAAAAACAAGCAGUAGUGAGACAUCCAGUGACACAUUGACAGACGACAGUGAGCAAGAAUCACUUCAAGUUGGCAGAAAAUUAGUGUUUCAAAAUCAGUCAGGAAGUGGCGGGCCAUCAUCUCCUCACCUGGAGCAAAACUCAUUAAGCCCUGUAGAUUUCUGGCCGGCACAAGACAAGCAGGAUGUCAAUACAAUGGACUAUGACAGUGUGUCUUCAACAGAUUCAACCAUGACAGGGUUAUCAGAAGAAAAUAAUCAUCGAAAAUUUUACACUGGAGAAGAAACAGAAACAAUGGCUAUAGGGGAUAGAAUUAUUUUUUAUUCUAAAGACUAUAUCCGUCCUGUUACCUUGGGACAUUCUCGGUUGCCUAAUCAUGGUGAAACUCAAAACACAAGGCAGCUUUACCAAGGACUAGAACGCGCUCCUGUAUCAGAAUUGCCUAAUCAUCGUGAAACACUAAACACAAGAGAGCUUUAUCAAGUAUCAGAACGGGCACCUGUACAUGAAAAUGUAUCUGUUGAAUGCACUUGUACAAUCGACCCCUCAAAUAGAAGUAGUUGUUUUGAUAACAUCUCUGAAACAUCUAGUGAUUUGCUGUCUGAAGAGAGUGGUUCAGAGUCUAUUCCCAUUGGUCAAAUAUUUUCAAGCCAACCAAUGCAGGACUCGGAAAGAAAAUUGUUAUCUUACAGCUCAGGUGACGAUCUUUCCACGGUGAAAAUAAAUGAUAGAUUGAGUGAAAACAGAAGGGAGGAAAUACUACGUGGUGAUAAAAAGAUUUUAAUGGAGAGAUUUGAAAGUGAAAGGUCAUGUAGUGUAGGCCUGGAGCAGUCAGAGCGUGGCAGACAUCUACCUUCAUACAGAGAUCAGGAAGAAAGUAGAUCUAUUUAUCAUAGGUCUGAGUGUGAAACUGCUGAUGUAGCAUUUAAUAACCUGGGUUGGACAAAACAAAAUUCUCAGACAUCUCUGUGUAAUACAGGUGAACAAGAUGAAUCCAGAUCAGCUGAUGAUGAAAUAGAAUCCAGCAGUGAGGAUGAUAAAAGAGGGCAAACCAAGCAUAAACAGGAUAAAAGGAAUCAAAAGCAAAGCUGGCGCAACUCAAAUAAUAAUAAUUAUGAACAAAAAGGAUCCAGCUUUGUGGAUGGUGGAUGUAGUUCUAAAAGGGAUGGACAUGAGCUAAAAGAACACAGGAAUGAUAAACAAAAUGGAAACAGUACUGACGAAGAUGAAAAUAAACAAAAAUCAUACAGUGCUAAUAAAGACAAUAAAGAGCAAACAGAACACAGUAAUAAUGAACAUGUUCAAGAGCAAGAAUCACCCAGUGUUGAUGGAGAGGAAAAUGAGGAAAAGGAACAGAUCUCCAAAACAAAUGAAAAUGAACAAACAUCAGACAGUGCUAAAAAAGAUGAAAAUAAACAAAUCAAACACAGCAAUGAAGAUGGUGAACAUGAACAAAAAGAACAUCAUACAGGAGAAAAUAAGAGUGAACAAAAAUCACACAGCGCUGAGGAUGAUGAUAAUGAGCACACAAAUUACAGCAAUGAAGAAGAUAAAAAUGAAAAAAUAUCACACAGCACUAAAGAUGAAAAUGGACAGAAGGAACACAGUGCUGAAGAAGAAGAAAAUGGACAAAACAAACACAGUGCUGAAGAAGAUGAAAUUGAACAAAAGGAACACAACACUGAAAAUGAAAAUGUUCAAAAGGAACACAGCACUAAAGAUAAAAAUGGACAAAAGGAACGUAGCACUGAAGAUAAAAAUGGACAAAAGAAACACAGUGCUGAAGUAGAUGAAAAUGGACAAAAGAAACACAGUGCUGAUGAAAAUGAAAAUGGACAAAAGGAACACAGUGCUGAAGAUAAAAAUGAACAAAAGGAAAACAGUGCUGAAGAAGAUGAAAAUGGACAAAAGGAACACAGUGCUGAAGAUGAAAAUGAACAAAAGGAACACAGUGCUGAAGAAGAUGAAAAUGGACAAAAGGAACACAGUGCUGAAGAAGAUGAAAAUGGACAAAAGGAACAAAGUGCUGAAGAAGAUGAAAAUGUACAAAAAGAACACAGCACUGAAGAAGAUGAAAAUGAACAAAAGGAACACAGCAAAGAAGAAAAUGCACAAAAGGAACACAGCAAUGAAGAAGAUAAAAAUGGACAAAAGGAACACAGUGCUGAAGUAGAUGAAAAUGGACAAAAGAAACACAGUGCUGAAGAAGAUGAAAAUGGACAAAAGGAACACAGUGCUGAAGUAGAUGAAAAUGGACAAAAGGAACACAGUGCUGAAGAAGAUGAAAAUGGACAAAAGGAACACAGUGCUGAAGAAGAUGAAAAUGGACAAAAGGAACAAAUUGCUGAUGAAAAUGAAAAUGGACAAAAGGAACACAGUGCUGAAGAUGAAAAUGAACAAAAGGAACACAGUGCUGAAGAAGAUGAAAAUGGACAAAAGGAACACAGAAAUGAAGAAGAUGAAAAUGGACAAAAAGAAUACAGCACUGAAGAAGAUGAAAAUGGACAAAAGAAACACAGAAAUGAAGAAGAUGAAAAUGGACAAAAGGAACACAGAAAUGAAGAUGAAAAUGGACAAAAACAACACAGUGCUGAAGUAGAUGAAAAUGGACUAAAGGAACACAGUGCUGAAGAAGAUGAAAAUCAACAAAAGGAACACAGUGCUGAACAAGAUGAAAAUGGACAAAAGGAACACAGUGCUGAAGAAGAUGAAAAUGGACAAAAGGAACACAGUGCUGAAAAAGAUGAAAAUGUACUAAAGGAACACAGCACUGAAGAAGAUGAAAAUGGACAAAAAGAACACAGCACUGAAGAAGAUGAAAAUGAACAAAAGGAACACAGCAAAGAAGAAAAUGCACAAAAGGAACACAGUAAUGAAGAAGAUGAAAAUGGACAAAAGGAACACAGCACUGAAGAAGAUGAAAAUGGACAAAAGGAACACAGCACUGAAGAAGAUAAAAAUGGACUAAAGGAACGUAUCAAUGAUGAAGGUGAAAAUAAACAAAUAUCACACAGCCAUGAAGAAUAUGAAAAUAAACUAAAAACACUAAUUGUUCAAGAAAAUGAAAAUGAACUUAAAGAACAGUGUAUUGAUAAAGAUAAAAAUGCACAAAUAUCAGAUAGUGAUGAAAAAGAUAAAAAUGACCAAAUUGUACACAGUAGACCUACCACAAAAUCUGAAAAUGAACUAAAAGCAGCCAAAGAUUAUGAAAAUGUACAAAAGGGAAACAGUACUGAGGAUGAUAAACAAAAAGCAUCCACUACUGAAGAACAUCAAGCUGAUAAAAAAGACUCCAGUUAUGAAAAUAAUGAAAAUAAAGAUACAACAGACACAACAGUUUCAGUACAUAGUUUUCCAAAAUCUGAGCACACAAACAAAUCUGAAUCAAGCUAUAAUGUGAGUCAUCAUGAAAAUGAAAAGAAACCAAAAAAUGCAUCUUUGAAAGAAAGUUUUGGUGAAAAUCAAGAAAAACAGCCAACUGAAGAUGCAGUAAACAAUGAUUCAAUUUGUGACACAGAAAAGUUCAGCAGCUCACAACAAUCACAUCUGGACAAAGAAAUAAUUAGAAAUGAUGAGACUCAUGAACAAUCAACAGUAGUAACAGACCAAGACAAAUUAAGUAUAGAACAGAAUACAAGGGAUCAAAACAGUGAUGAAAAGCAACUUGGAAAGUCGCCAAUAAACAGCCAUUCCCAACAUGCAACAGCAUUGAAAAACAGCCAAUCACAACAGAAAAAAUUAUCUCAAAAUGCCCAUUUAAAAAAGAAAAAAGAAUCGCAAAACAGUUCUUCAAAACAAGGCGCAGAUCUAUCACAAAACAACCAAUCACAACAAUCCAUGCAGGAUGAUCAAUUGCAGCAUCAGCAUGACACCUUAGAACAUGGUGCUUGUGAUUUUCCUGGUGAUGAAAAUUUACCCUUUAAGAGACAAGUUACACUUUCUAAAAAUAAGGAGGAUUUUGGAAAGGUAGCUCUUACUUUAACUAAAGAUGGUGUAAAUUAUGAACUGCGUUUUGAUGGUGGAAAAAUAAAUACCAUAAGAACAAUUAUUAAAAAAGGAGAUAUCACUAAUUUACAAACUAGAGGAUCAACUUGUUCAUGGGAAACUAGUUUUAAUGAUUCUGAAAAAGAAAUGAAAAUACAUUUUUCUGUAUGUUUUAAUAAUCCAUCACCAGCCAGGAUAUUUUACAAUCUUCUACAGAGCUACUCCACUAAUCAGCAGUAGACUUGAUGAAAUAUACUUCGAGAUACCCAAGUGCAGCAUGUCGGAAUUCAACCCCACUAUUAUUUAUUUAUAUAGAAAAUGUUGUUACCUUAACACCAGUCUUGUUCUGUUAUGACUCUAUAACAUAAAUUUCCAUUAUUUUGAUGCUAGAUGGAAGUGAUUAUUUAAUUAUUACAUGCAACUCAUUUAAACACCAUAUUUCAUCAACAUUGUUUUCUAAUUGUAUGUGUAGUAAUGCCAAUAGCUGACUCAUUUUAUAUCAAAUUUUAAACCUUAAUAUUAGAUACACUAAUGUUUCACCUGAUGCAAAAAAAAGUAGGAAUCUUAUUUAGUGUUGAAAUGAAAGCUACUGUCUUUUACUUUUUACAUGUGUCAUUGAUAUUUUAUUUAUUUAUUGCAUUUUUAUUGCUUAAUUUUUGAUAAAUGAUAUUUUAAACUUUUUCUUUUAAUUUUAACUGCUUUUAUUUCCAUAGAAGGAAUUAAAAGAUGAAAUAGUUUUGCAUUUUGCAGGUGAAAUGUACUCUUUUUAUCCCAUUGUAUUUUUCAAAGGAUUGUAGAAAUAGUUAUUGGUUUUUUAAUGAAGCAAUAGCCUUGUUAGCAUCAUACAAUUUCAUAAGUUAAAAACUUGGCUAAAAUAAUAUAUUUUUUUUUAUAAAACUACUUUAUAUUAUAUUAUAUAAAAUAUUAUAAAUCAUUAUAAAAUAAACGUGUGAUUAAAAGUUAUAUUGUAAACUUUAAAAAUUAUUGACUUUAUUUACAAAACUUAAUGUUUUCAAUACUCAAUAUUGUAAGAAUUUUUCUCACAUGUUUCAAAAAAAGAUUUUGUAAAUAUAUUUUGAAAUUUAUGUUUGUAUUUGUCAUUGUAUGUAAUACUAAUUUUCAAUUCUUUAUUUCAAGUUAUUAACAGAUGACAUACGAUAAAAUUAAAAAUUAUGUUCAUGGAAGCAUUUCAACCUUAAAAUCAAUCAUUAAAUCAUGCAAUGAUGUAUAUGCAGUAGUGACCUCAUCAUAUAAAGAGAUAUUGUGUUCAGUUUUUGCCCAGUCAUCAUAACUUCCCCUAACUAUAUAUGUAUAUUAGUACGACUAAAAUGGAGUUUUACCCUAGUGUUAUUAGAGUUAAAACUAAAACUUAUGAACUCAUGACGAUACACUAACAAGAUUACAAACAAAUAUUGGAAUUGUUUAUUAUAGAUGUUAUACUCUUAGAGUAAGGGGGCAUCCAUAAAUGAUGUCACGCUUUCCUUUGACGAUUUUUACCCUCCCCUUCCCUCCGUCACACAUCGUCACAAAAAGCCAGACCCCCUAAAAAUGAAGUCACACCUUAGCCUACAAAAUUGCAGUUGAAUUUUUCUUAAAACAUCGAUAUUUUUCCAAAAUCUUGUCUGAACUCUGUCACAAUUAUAAUUUAUUAAAACAGUUUUC